CACUCAAACUACUAUCAUCAUGGGGGAUACCUUGCGAUCUCUCAUUCUGGCGGAAUAUCCUACGCCGAUCUUUGCGGCUACUGAGGGCGUCCUUGCAUUUUUAUCACUGGGCCCAGCGCCCACAUUUGUACCAUUGGUACUACUCCUCACAAUUUUGCGUAUCCACGGGCUGCGCGUCGCAUGUCGUAGCACUCGAGUAUUAGAGUUGAUAUGCUCCUGGUUCGUGGUUACAGUUGGCGCAUCCUUGGCACAUUACUCCUCCGCAACGAAUGCACUGUCAAGCUCAUCACAGUCAUUUGCUGCGGUUGCAGUCAUGUCGGCCAUCACAUACGUGGGUGCUAUCGUACCAUUCUACCUGGAUAUCCGCUUUAAUCGCGGGUUCCAAACGAUCUGGGCUCAGACUACAUUUUUCCCAGUUGUAUGGGCGACGACGUGGUGUCUUGCAUCCCACAUCUCUCCUGUGGGUAGACUUCUGCACUGGAGUCCAGUCUCCACGUCCCAUCCGUACAACUGGCUCCUACCGUAUACAGGACCGGUGGGCAUAGAUUGGGCCGUCGCUGCCUGUGCCGGUCUGUGUUCAGAAGUUGCGGCCACCUGGCUAAUGGGCUCCGACAAAGAGGAGCAACCUGUUCACGUCUCUACUUCAGCUAGUGAAGCGCAAUCCAAGAGGGGCUCGCGAAGUCUUCUCGCGCUAGGAACGCUACUCGUCGCAUUCACCCUUCCCUCUCUAUAUCCCAGUCUCCCCGCGCAUGCUGAUACAUCCGUUGAUAUUUCGCCAUUGGGUGUCGCCUGUGCCCUACCCCCUGUUCGCAAGGGCAGACACCCAACUCUUAGCGACUUCAUUGCUGAGACCAGGACAUUAACUCCACGAGCCAAGGUAGUAUUAUGGCCCGAAAGUGCUGUGGUAUUCAAUAACGAGGAUGAGAGGGAAGCUGCGUUCCAAACGCUGCGUAAGGAUAUCGGGCAAUCUCUCAUCGGGGUUGCAUUUGAGGAGUUCUUGCCUGAAGAUCCGUCCAACCCCGGCGGAUCUCGCAUGAAGCGCAACGGGCUUGCGCUUGUUCAUCACGGACAGGAGAAAGGCCAGGAGGUUAUACAAUAUUACAAGCGCAACCUAGUGCCAUUCACGGAAUCAUUUUCAGCGGUGCCUUCAACUGCGCCCCCCUCUAUAUAUACCUUUGAGCUAACCCAUCCAACCUGGACUACAAAACCUGAAUGGUCUUCUACGCCAAAUCAUACUCGGCCGAUUCCCGUCACAUCUUCUAUCUGCCUCGAUUUCGCAUUCUCAUCCGCGUUCAGUUCGCUUGAGUCUCGACCCGCGUUGAUUCUCGCACCUGCUCGCACGUGGGACCCUACCGUCGGUCUUGCGAUGUGGGAGCAGGCCAAGUCGCGCGCCAACGAAAUUGGCAGCGCGGUCCUAUGGUGUGAUGGAGGAGCAACCGGAGUGAGCGGUAUUGGGGGUGGGGGAAUAUCCGAGAUCAUGCAGGUUGGGGCUGGUUCUUGGUCUCGCACCAUUGGCCUGCAGUUCCCCUUCGACCAAACGAGGACUGUCUAUGCCGUGAUCGGAGAAUUUGGCGUCCUUGUUUUCUUAGUCGCGAUCAUGGGUGGAAGCUCAGCAGCCAAAUAUCUCCCGACCUCCGGACGCCGUUUCAUGGAAGCAGUGCCGCUCUUGCAACGUCUGAUUCGUGGGAGGAGCGACCAAGAGGAUUUGAUUGAUGUUGCAGUGCCGGGAGAGAGGCAGAGCCUGCUGCACUGAUCGGAAGUCUUCUGUAAUACUGUGAAGAAUCGUAUGUUUGCUCGUUUUUUGUUGUUUCGAUUGAAGGUGGCAACGCAUUAUUGAGCGUCUUAUGGAUCACACG